AUGCACGAUCACUGUCUCCCAAUCCACCUCACUGUUUCUCCUUCCAUAUUAAUGUCUCUCCCUCCAUCCCACUGUCUCUCAAUUCCCCUCACUGUCAAACUCCACCUAAACUCUCUCUCUCAAAAAAACUGUCUCUCACUAAAAAUCCAAACUGUAUCACCUCCCCUCCUUCCACCUCACUGUCUCUUACUCUCUCGCUGUCUCUCACUCCCUAUCACUAUCUCUCACUGUCUCUCACUCCUCCUUCCAGUUUUCCCCUCCCUCACUGACUCUCACGCUUUUUUAUUAUCUCUCUAUGUCGCUCAUUAUCACUGUCUCCCACUCCACCUCACCGUUUCUCACUCCACCUCUGUAAGUGGUCUCUCAAUUCCUAUUACUGUCUCUCUCUCCCUCUCUUUCACUGUGUCACUCCACCUCGCUGCCUCUUACUCUCCCUCAUUUUCUUCUACUCCCUAUCACUAUCUCUCACCCCCUUUCACUAUCUAUCACUGUCUCUCACUCCCCUUACAGUUUCUCUCUCUCCCUCCCUGUCUCUCACUCUCCACUGUUUCUCGCUGUCUCUCACUCACUAUCACUGUCUCUCACUUCAUCUCACUGUCUUUCAAUUCCCUUCACUGUCUCUCAUUCUCCCUCACUGUCUGUCUCUCCACCUCACUGUCUCAUACUCUCCCUCGUUUUCUCUCACUCCCUAUCACUAUCUCCCACUGUCUCUCACACCCUCCUUACAGUUUUUCCCUCUCUCUCAUUGACUCUCACUCUUUAUCACUGUCUUUCACUCCACCUCACUGUCUCUCACUCUCCUACUCAGUCUCAUUUCGCUCUUCUUUACUGCUGCAUCAAUAA